CGGUCGGCUGGAUCAAAUGCAAAGUAGCCACAGAGUUUUUAAAGUCCCAAGGGCGAGAUGGGGUUUCAGAGCACAGGUAUGUUUCUUGCGGGUUGGGCGAGAGCCCUUGACGCAGCCAGAAGAGCCCCAAACUUAGCUUAGCAACCUGGUCCUGCAGUAGCCCGCAGGGCGUUUCCGUGCGGCUGCUGUUCCCUCCCCUCAGGUCCGCCUGUAUCCCUGCAUUCCGUGCUGCCGUAUAAGCAUCUCUCCAGCGCUCUCCGCUCCCUCCCUCCCUCCCUCCCAUUCCCGACAGCUUGCAGCCUCGUUUGCCUCUCUGCAGCUUCGCUCGCUCCAGAGCUUUAGGAGGGAGGAGGGUGAAGAGGCCGCCAUGUUGGAUCCGGUGACUUCAGUGGUAGCAGCCGGAGCUUAUGCAUGAGGCUGUGUGGAGUCAAGGAGGGCGGACGGUGAAAGAAGAGGAGGAAAACAACCGCGACGAGGAAGAGGAAACGGAGGAAGGAGUCGGGGGGAGUGCAGGCUAUCCCUGUUCGCCGCUCGAAGAAGAUGCCCUAAGCAUGGUGGACCCAAAGGCGGGCAGCAUCUUUUCAUCUCUUGCACUAGAAAACAGCAGCAGCAGCAGCAGCAGCACAGCAUCUUUUGGAGGAAGCGCGCAAACGGAGUGGGAGAAGAUGUGUGUGGAUUGAAAAAGGCAAUAUCCUGUCGCCCUGUCAAGAGAAACAAGGAGCUAGAGGACGUGCAGCGAUAUGGAGAGGAUUUGCUAGGAUUAUUACCAGCCCAGCCUACCUUUCUUCCCUUGACUGGAUGUGCUGAUACCCUAUUUAAGAGAGGACAAUUAUUACUUUCCCCGAUAUUUAAAGAGGGGUGUGACUUUCCCCUUCCACAUGCUCCCCCUCCCCAGUAUAUUGGGGAGGGAGGUUAAGGAAAUUCGGACUAUACAUUAUUUUUUGGCAUGGUGAAGAGCCUUAAUGGAAGAGUGGCACUGAUUGCCCUAAGGAAGGAUUCUGUUUCUGAGGACUUUUCUGCCUCUUCUUCUCUUCUUCCCACUCCCCACUUUCUGAAGAGUUGCCACUAAUGCAUUUUCUAAGAGGUGGUGGAGGUGGAGGUGGAGGUGGUGGAGAAGGUGGAGAAGAAGGUGGUGGAGGUGGUGGAUAUUCUCCAGCACUAGAUCUUCAGAAUCCUGUGCUUUUUAUUUUUUGCCCUCCCACCUUCAAAUAGCUUUCUUCCUGCUGCUCUUUCCUUGAAAGUGAAUUGUUGAUGCAAAUGGAAGGGGGACUUUACACUUUAAUGAUGCAGAAGGAUUCAUUUCGGGAUUGGGUUUCAUGAUCUGAAUUUCGAAUGAAGGAAAAGAUCCUUUAAAAAUGUAUAUGGAUGACAGAAGAGUGGAUUCAGUCUUGGAAUUAAAUUUUAAUUAUUAUUAUUUAAAUGUAUAAAGUAUAUAUUUUCUCUUUUAAAUGUUAUUAAAAGAGAUUUUAGGGUAAUUAUUUUUCUGUAAUACUCUGUAUAUAUUGUAGAUGUAUGUGUGCCUGACCAAGUUACAGUUCUCAGAAUGGCAAUUCUGAGAUGGAUUAUACCUUCAGCACCAUCUUUAAAGCACUGACUUUUCAAAAUUCUUUUUAUAAACUGUAAUAUAUUCUAAUGUGCUAGAUUUGUCAAAGAUAGCACAGAAAAAUAAAGAAGGAAAGUCUGUUAAAAACUGAAGCAGCCAUGUCUGGAGAGGUGCGCUUGAGACAGUUGGAACAGUUUAUUUUGGAUGGGCCAACUCAGACCAAUGGGCAAUGCUUUAGCGUGGAAACCUUGUUGGAUAUACUCAUCUGCCUUUAUGAUGAAUGUAAUAAUUCACCCUUGAGAAGAGAGAAGAAUAUUCUGGAGUUUCUAGAAUGGGGCAAGCCUUUCACAUCUAAGGUGAAGCAGAUGCGAUUGCAUAAAGAUGACUUUGAAAUAUUGAAGGUGAUUGGCCGAGGUGCCUUUGGGGAGGUUGCUGUUGUGAAAUUAAGAAAUGCAGAUAAAGUAUUUGCCAUGAAAAUAUUAAAUAAAUGGGAAAUGCUGAAAAGAGCGGAGACAGCUUGUUUUCGAGAAGAGAGGGAUGUUUUGGUGAAUGGGGAUAAUCAGUGGAUUACAACAUUGCACUACGCCUUCCAGGAUGAAAAUUAUUUAUACCUCGUUAUGGAUUAUUAUGUUGGUGGAGAUCUGCUUACCUUGCUCAGUAAGUUUGAGGAUCGGUUACCUGAAGAAAUGGCUCGCUUUUAUUUAGCUGAAAUGGUGGUAGCAAUUGAUUCUGUACAUCAGCUACAUUAUGUCCACAGGGAUAUCAAACCUGACAAUAUCCUGAUGGAUGUGAAUGGACAUAUUCGGUUAGCGGAUUUUGGUUCUUGUCUGAAGCUGAUGGAAGAUGGAACGGUUCAGUCUUCGGUGGCAGUUGGAACACCAGAUUAUAUCUCUCCAGAAAUUCUGCAAGCCAUGGAAGAUGGGAAAGGAAAAUAUGGUCCCGAAUGUGAUUGGUGGUCCCUUGGUGUUUGCAUGUAUGAAAUGCUUUAUGGAGAAACACCUUUUUAUGCUGAAUCUCUGGUGGAGACAUAUGGAAAGAUAAUGAACCACAAAGAAAGAUUUCAGUUUCCUGCCCAAAUGACAGACGUGUCUGAAAAUGCCAAGGACCUAAUUCGAAGGCUUAUCUGCAGCAGAGAACAUAGACUUGGGCAGAAUGGAAUAGAAGACUUUAAAAGCCACCCAUUUUUUUCAGGGAUUGACUGGGAUAACAUUCAGAACUGUGAAGCACCUUAUAUUCCUGAAGUCAGCAGUCCAACAGAUACUUCGAAUUUUGAUGUAGAUGAUGACUGUUUAAAAAAUUCUGAGACAAUGCCACCGCCAACACAUACUGCAUUUUCUGGCCAUCAUCUGCCAUUUAUAGGAUUCACAUAUACAAGUAGCUGUGUGCUUUCGGAUCGUAGUACUCUAAGAUUUGCAGCUGGGCAACGUGUAAUGGAACUUGAUGCCAAUGUUCAAAGAACACUAGAAGAUACCUUAGCUACAGAAGCGUAUGAGAGACGAAUAAGACGUUUAGAGCAAGAAAAGCUGGAACUUAGCAGAAAACUUCAAGAAUCCACACAAACAGUCCAGGCCCUACAUUAUUCAACUGUAGAUGGUCCAUUAACAGCAAGCAAAGAUUUAGAAAUUAAAAGCCUGAAGGAUGAAAUUGAAACAUUGAGAAAACAAGUCACUGAUUCUGGGCGAUUAGAGCAGCAACUUGAAGAAGCCAGUUCUGCACAAAGAGCUUUAGAAGAUGCUACCAGACACAUCAAAACUUACGAGAAGCAAAUGAAAGCACUAAAGCAAGAGCGGGAUGAUCUUAAUAAGGAACUGCUUGAUUCCAGUGAGAGGUUAAAGGCACAAACCAAAGAACUGAAAGAUGCACAUAGCCAACGGAAAUUGGCCAUGCAGGAAUUCUCUGAGAUGAAUGAACGACUUACGGAAUUGCAUUCACAAAAACAGAAGCUUACCCGCCAUGUUAGAGAUAAAGAAGAAGAAAUGGAAGUGGUAAUGCAAAAGGCAGAAAGCUUGAGACAAGAAUUACGUAGAACAGACAGAAUAAAGAAAGAACUGGAAGUUCAUGCUGAAGCUGCAGCUGCUGAGGCAUCCAAGGACAGGAAGCUGCGUGAGAGAAGUGAGCAAUAUUCUAAGCAGCUGGAAAAUGAAUUAGAAGGACUAAAGAAACAAAUUGGUUGGUCUCCAGGGGUGAGCAGCACAGAACAUCAGCAGGAAAUAACAAAAUUAAAAGCUGACUUGGAAAAGAAAAUUGUUUUUUAUGAAGAAGAACUGUCUAAACGAGAAGUAAUACAUUCUAAUGAAUUAAAAAAUCUGAAGAAGGAAUUUCGCGAUGCAGAGAUCCAACAACUUGCUCUCAAAAAAGAAAUUCUGAUAUUGAAAGACAAAUUAGAAAAGACAAGGAGAGAAAGCCAAAAUGAAAGGGAGGAGUUUGAAACAGAAUUCAAACAUAAAUAUGAACGGGAGAAGAUUCUGCUGACUGAAGAGAACAAGAAGCUUUCCAAUGAGCUUGACAAGCUUACAGCAAUGUAUGAAAGACUAAGUAUGAGUAACCGACAACUUGAAGAAGAGAUGAGAGAUCUUGCUGACAAAAAAGAAUCUGUAGCACACUGGGAAGCCCAGAUUACUGAGAUCAUCCAGUGGGUGAGUGAUGAAAAAGAUGCCCGAGGUUAUCUUCAAGCGUUAGCUUCCAAAAUGACCGAAGAACUAGAAGCAUUGAAGAGCUCCAGCUUGGGUGCAAGGGCAACAGACAUGCCUUGGAAGAUGCGUCGCUUUGCAAAACUAGAUAUGUCUGCAAGGUUAGAGCUACAGUCAGCCCUUGAUGCAGAAAUACGAGCCAAGCAAGCCAUUCAGGAAGAGUUAAAUAAAGUUAAAGCUUGUAACAUUGCAACAGAAUGCAAAUUACAGGAAUCUGAAAAGAAGAACUCUGACCUGUUAUCAGAAAUAGACAGAUUGAAAAAAGAGGCAGAAGAACUUCAGUCAGAAAAGGGAGUGAAGCAUCAAGACUCACAAAAUUCUUUCUUGGCAUUUUUGAAUGCACCUACCUCUGCUCUGGAUCAGUUUGAAGAUUCCUUUUCUUCUUCAUCUUCUUCUUCAUUGAUUGAUUUUAUGGAUGACCGCUCUCCCUCCUGUAUUCCAGCCCACAAAGGCAGACGUAUUGAUUCAGUUGAAAAUUUUACCUUAUCUAAUACGCCUUCGCGGGAUGAAGAUAUCAAGUAUCAUCUUCAUUCAAGAUCUAGGUCCCCUUCCACAGCUAGUGACAUUGAACCAAUUGAGGUUUCAGAUCAUCCUCUGCGUCCAGUUCACACACCAACCAUGAGAUCACCAUAUAGUGGUUCAGGACUCUCUGUGCCAAAGCCUAAGGCCCAUCAGUUUGUAGUAAAAUCCUUUAAUACCCCUACCAAAUGCAAUCAGUGCACAUCAUUGAUGGUUGGGUUAAUAAGACAGGGCUGUACCUGUGAAGUCUGUGGAUUUUCAUGCCAUGUGACCUGUGCAGACAAAGCACCAGCAGUAUGUCCCAUCCCACCUGAACAGACAAAAGGUCCUCUAGGGAUUGAUCCACAGAAAGGAAUAGGAACUGCUUAUGAAGGGCAUGUCCGAAUCCCUAAGCCAGCUGGAGUGAAGAAAGGCUGGCAGAGAGCCCUGGCUGUUGUUUGUGACUUCAAACUCUUCCUUUAUGAUAUAGCAGAAGGGAAAGCAUCCCAACCCAGUGUGGUAGUUAGUCAGGUUCUUGAUAUGAGGGAUGAAGAAUUCUCGGUGUGUUCUGUUCUGGCUUCUGAUGUCAUCCAUGCAAACCGAAAAGAUAUCCCCUGUAUUUUUAGGGUUUCAGCUUCUCAGCUAUUAGCAUCAAGUAAUAAGUGUUCAGUCCUGAUCCUAGCUGACAGUGAAAAUGAAAAGAGUAAAUGGGUAGGAGUCUUAAAUGAAUUACACAGGAUCUUAAAGAAGAACAAGCUCAAAGAUCGCUCAGUCUACGCUCCCAAAGAAGCAUAUGAUAGUACUUUACCCCUUAUUAAAACUAGCCAAGCAGCAGCAAUUAUAGAUCAUGAACGAAUAGCUUUGGGCAAUGAAGAAGGGUUAUUUGUUGUUCAUGUUACAAAGGAUGAGAUAAUUCGUGUUGGUGACAAUAAGAAAGUUCAUCAGAUUGAGCUCAUCCCAAAUGAACAACUUAUUGCAGUAAUUUCGGGACGAAAUCGUCAUGUACGACUAUUUCCUAUGACAGCUCUGGAUGGUCGAGAGAUUGAUUUUUAUAAACUGGCAGAAACUAAAGGUUGCCAGACCAUAGUUUCUGGACAAGUGCGCCAUGGAGCCCUUACUUGCCUGUGUGUAGCAAUGAAAAGACAGGUGCUGUGUUACGAGUUGAAUCAUAGCAAAACACGCCAUAAAAAAAUAAAAGAAAUCCAAGUGGCUGCGAAUGUCCAGUGGAUGGCUAUCUUUAGUGAACGGCUUUGUGUUGGCUACCCAUCAGGAUUCGUAAAGUACCCUUUGUAUGGAGAAGGAAAUCCACAGAGUUUGCUUCAUCCAGAUGAUCACACACUGUCGUUCAUUAUACAGCAGCCAACUGAUGCCAUCUGUGCUGUUGAAAUCUCAAAUAAAGAAUACCUGCUGUGUUUUAGCAGUGUAGGGAUUUAUGUGGACUGUCAGGGUCGAAGAUCUAGACAACAAGAACUAAUGUGGCCUGCAACUCCUUCUUCUUCUUGUUACAAUGCACCAUACCUCUCAGUUUACAGUGAAAAUGCAGUUGAUAUAUUUGAUGUGAACUCAAUGGAGUGGAUUCAGACCAUCCCCCUCAAGAAGGUACGUCCUUUGAACACAGAAGGGUCGCUAAAUGUCCUAGGACUAGAAACUGUUAGAUUAAUCUAUUUCAAAAAUAAGAUGGCAGAGGGUGAUGAGUUGGUAGUUCCUGAGACAUCAGAUAACAGUCGAAAGCAAAUGGUCCGAAAUAUUAAUAAUAAACGGCGCUACUCAUUCCGAGUGCCUGAGGAAGAGAGAAUGCAGCAGAGGAGAGAGAUGCUGCGAGAUCCAGAAAUGAGAAAUAAAUUAAUUUCUCACCCAACUAACUUUAACCAUAUAGCACACAUGGGCCCAGGAGAUGGUAUACAGAUCCUCAAAGACCUGCCCAUGAACCUUCGGCCUCAAGAAAGUCGGGCAAUGUUUAGUGGUUCUGUCAGCAUCCCUUCAAUCACAAAAACUCGGCCCGAGCCUGGACGCUCCAUGAGUGCUAGUAGUGGUUUGGCAGCAAGAACAUCUGCACAAAAUGGUAGUGCUUUGCGGAGAGAAUUCUCAGGAGGCAGCUAUGGAGCAAAGCGUCAGCCAAUGGCAUCCCCUUCAGAUGGCUCUUUGUCUUCUGGUGGCUUGGACCAAGGCAGUGAUGCACCAGUGAGGGAGUACGAGAGAGAGGACUCUGACUCUCCAAGGCAUUCUACAGCUUCCAACAGUUCCAACCUGAGCAGCCCUCCCAGUCCCAUUUCUCCUCACAAGACCAAGAGCCUCUCCCUGGAGAGCUCGGACCACGUGAGUUGGGACUCAUGAACUGCUUCGGCACUCAGAUUUGACAUCUCAGCAGCUUUUGGUCCCCAUGAUUCUCCAUUUGCUCUCAUUCUCAUCUCCUCUCAGCUUCCCUACAAGAAUCAAACUGUGGGUGGGAGGGGGAGGAAGAGAGUGUAUGUGCCAUAACUGGCACCAGUAGCGCAAUUCUCUUCCCCUCCUAAUAGUAGCCAGCAAACAAAAGAAAACCUUGGUGGAGGGCAGCACGGAGUUGUUGUUAUAUGAGAAAUAUUGGUAUAUUUCUAUUAUUAUCAAUUUUAUUUCAUAGGAUUAUGAAAUUCCAUUGUAUGGCAUAUUAUGCAAUACACCACACUCCAAACAAAACAUGGUAGUGUAGGCUGAUAUACACAAUAUGUAACAGGAAACCAGACAGAUUUGCUUUGGAACAUGUAGACCCAUAUUAUAUUUUUUCAGGAAUAAAUACAGCAACAUCCUCCAUGUUUGAUGAUAGGGUGAAAUUUGCCCUGCUAAGGAAGAUAAACAUGCUUUCAGACACUUUGAAUGUCAGUCUGAUUGCUACCAGUAAAUCUUAUUGAUUUUGGGGGGAAAUGAUGCAUAUUUUACUAUAAUAGAGUUUAAGUAAAUACACAAAAUUAAGAGUUAGUACAUAUGUAUAUAAUAAAAGAAAAAGCAGCAUUGUAAUGCAGCAGAAGAUGGAUUCCUAUUUAAGAGAUCCUUUAAUUUAAAAUUUGUGGUGUUCCUUUUUUCAUACUAAAUAAUCUAUGGAUUGAGGGUGUGAUCUGAAUUUAGAAUAUGGCACUGGAUAAAAAACAUACAGCCUAGAUGAAGACUCCAUCCUCACAAUUUUUGCUGUGACAUUUCCUCCUUAUCAGUAGAAAAACGAAAGCCAUAAGCAUCAUUUUAAAUUAUCUCUGCCUGUUUUCUGCCUGUUCUUUAUUUUACAAGCAAAACCUAUUGUUUACUAAUACACAGAUGAUGGUAAACUGAAGGGUGUCCAAACAAUUAUAGAAUCUCCUCAGCUGAAGUAAGCAAAUAGAAAUGAAUGAGCUUUUGGAAGAUUAGGGCUAGGCUUUCAAACCCAUUUUGCCUUUUAAUCACCACAAGCUCUUAAGUAACUUUCUUAGUUAACUAACUACAUUCACUGAAUUCAAGGAUCAUUCAGUCCGAAAUAGAAGUUUGUAGUUUGUUCUUGAUCACUGAAAGUUAACAUGCCACUUGUAGGGUUGUACUCUGCUAAAUUAUUCAAGACUUCUAAAGAUUUUCAUUGCGGUCAUCUGCUCACCCAUCCUGGUCCAGAAUGCCCAUUGUCUUUGAUGUAGAAUUCUAGUGGUUGAAUCUAAUAGAGAAAGCUUAAUCAGCGCGCAGCAUUUCUGUCUGAAUAGUCGAGAUCCAUCGUCACCUAGAAAAGCAGUGGCAAAGACAACAUGCAGAUGGAGGGGAAAGGCAAACCCUUUUUUCUUCCGUGCUAUUGAAUAAAAUGAGUACAGUUUGCAUUUUCACACUAGACAAAUGUUGUUUUUCUUCUUAAAAUCAUUGCUUCUUUAGGCUAGACUUAAGCUUAAGUGGAUAAAGAAUUCAGGUGGUAAUUUUUUUAAAAAAAGAUAAAGAGUUUCUACAGGUUUUGUAAUAUAUCAUGGAUAUUGUCGAACAAUUAGAGUUAACAUCAGUGGAAAAACAACAAAUCUAACAGUUUCCUAGGUCACCUCUGAAAAAUCAUCAACUACAAUCACGCCAAAUUCUGAUUAAGUACUGGAAGAUAGAGAUCAUUGUCUCUAAUCAUCUAGGUGUGUUCAGUCUGUUAUCUGUGUCUUGAUUUGCAUUUAGCUCUCUUAUGCUGGGGAAUAAUUGGGAGUAGGAAGCAAACUUAAAAUUUUGCUAUUAAGCAUUGUAUCCUAAACCUGUCUGUUGAAUUGACUUUAUUAAGAAUCUCAGAAGUGUGUUUUGUCAUGAGUUAGAAACAAAAGAUUUGAAAUUCAGAGCUACCACUUAAACAUACUAAAGGAAUUUCCUGCAACUUUUCCAAGGAAUUGAGUCACAGCGACAAGAACAGCAUAUAAAAUCUAUUAACUCUCGACUCCUUUGACAGUGACUAUUCCAAGAUCCUGUUUCAACCCCUUCAGUCUUUCCUAUAGCAAUGCUCUUGUCAUUGCCAUUGCUGCAUACCAUGGCGAAAAGGUUAGCAUUCCCCCCACCCCCAAUUGGCUGGUGUUUUUUUAAAGGCUUCUGGUUCUAGCUUUAAACUGCACCUAGCUUGCAGAAUUAUUGACUUCAGAAAUGAUCUUGGAAGCCCUCAACAAGUCCUAUGGCAAUCAAGCUGUUUCACUUGAAGAUAUAGUUGUCACACAUGCAAACAAGAGCUAAGGGGAAGGAAUAUGCAGAUUAGAAAUAGUUUUACAUAAUAUCAAACUAUUUAAUAAAUGUAAGCACUACCCUUCAUUAAGAUUUGUGAACCUCCAAUACCAAUAUUGAUAAAUUAUUGGGUACUUUUUUCCGACUGUACCCAUCACAAACACUCUUAUAUCUCUGAAGAGUUAGCUAGUAAAGUUGAGGUUUCCUGCGGUGCAUUUCUGUUUUCAUUCCUACAUGAUUCCGUUUCUCCAGGCACUUUCAUGUGCUCUGAUUGAAUCCUGACUAAUUUUAUUAGGAUCUCUUUUGUAUGCAGCUUGAAGCUAUGCUGGCCCUUAAAUGAGAAGCUUGCUUUGAAUUGAUUCAGGCACGUCAUUCAUUGCCCUGUUAUAUUUAAGAGGUUUAAUAAAUUGGAUUAUAAUUAUAACUGAACCUCAGAUGGUUCACCUCUUGAGACUCUUGUGUAUUUAAAAUAGAAACAAUCUAUACACAACAUUCAUGUUUUUUUCAGAAUAUAUUCCUAUUGUAUAGUUUUGUCUUCUAAACCAAUCUUUCAUUAAUGGCUUUGUCUAAAAUUUGACUGACAGGUUAUUUUGUAUUCCUAUUUAUCUUUUUUCUUUUCUUAGAACAGCAGGGUUGAGGGGGAAUUCACUAUAACAUUUAUGUUAAACUCAGGUAUUUGGAAACAGACUAAUGUUUUAAUAUGAUACAUAUUAAUGCAAUAAUGUACUUUUGGGUAUGUGAUUCACCAGAUAUACAUCUUAAGUCGCAAACAAAGCUUUUGUUCCAAAGUCAAAAACUUGGGAGAUAAAUUGAAUUAAGGAUGGUGGAUGCUAAAAAUACUUGUGAUUUUUCAGCUACCAGAUUUCAGGGAUAACAUACACAUGUGUAGCAGCAUCAGCAGAGAUUAUUCCUCUUUCCUUUCCUUGUCUGUUGUUUAAUGAAAAGAAAUUGGCUUGUUAGGAUUAUACCACAGAGUUACCUCUUUAUAACUGGGGUCCUUUAUCUGGUGCAGAGUUUGGAGACCCCAGGACAUGCAUGUGCCUUCAGAGGAAGGUUACUGAAAGGCUCCUGGCAAAAUUUAGCCCAGAGCAACAAGACUAAUCAAGGCACUACCCUGUCACUUUCAAAGUGUUAUCAUUUUCCUGGGAAACUAGGUUUGCAAUUCUUCAUCUAUAGGGGCCUUCAGGAAUCAGUGAAGCUGAGGACUUUAAGUUUUGGGGGACCACAUUGCAUGUUAAAGCAAUUCCACAAAAAAAAAAAAAUCAUUGUUUUCCUUUCUCAUUCUGCAUAAAAAACAGUCACACUGAUGAGGAAGCAAUUCACAACCAAAAAAUGGUAUUUAACAGAAUUAUACCUGCCUUUUUAUGUACGAUUUCAUAUCAUUUAUUUUUUAAAAAAAGAUAUUUUUAGGGAUUUUUUUUCAUUGUAAUAUUGUUGUACAGUUUUGCAUGGCCUAGAUGUAAUCACUUUUUUUGUUUUGGUUUAGAGUAUAAAAGCUGACAAGUGUGUGCGUGGGAGGGGGAAGUUUCUGCUUUGGCUCUUCUCACUCGUCUUUCUGAUUCAUGUCCUCAGUGUUGUAGAGGACAUUGUAAGAGAUUCUCUGCUCCAGAACAAUGAUGUAGAUUCUAUUGCACAGAAAUAUUUAAGGUGGAUCAAGUCAAAAGUGUAAUAAGUGGCAGACCACCAAUAUUUUACAUUGAUAACACUUAAUAUUAACCUACUUUGUUGUAUUGCAAUAAAACAGGGAAAUACUAGAAA